AUAUUGAACAAAUUUUUUUACUAUAUCAAAAACUAAUGCAACAGCUGGACAACAGUUUACAAAAAUCACAAUUGUCAUUGCCUGUGCAAUCGCAAGUAUCACCAUCAUCAGUUUCAAUCCGAGAAAAACGGAUAGGUCUAUCCAUACCGAGCAUGUCUGCUACAUCGGUCACGAUUAUACCUUCGACUGCCACUCUGAUGACAUUACCACGACUAGUGCACCGGUCACAACAGCCAUAUCAGCUAAAAGUGUCAGAUCGGUUUACAAAUGUCGCAUCAAUUACGACUGUCACACCGGCCACGACUAUCAUACCGUCCACAUUGCUAUAUCAGCCACAAUUGGCGCACCGGCGGCGACAGCCAUACCAGUUACAAGUGUCAGAUUGGUUUACAACUGCCGCACCAAUCACGACUGUCACACCGGCCAACAAUUGUGAUCUUUCUAAAGUGAAGUCGACCAGCAACAUCACGCCGAUGCCUAACUUCUUGAAUACGACUAGUACGAAUCGCAAUUAUUCGUGGAUUUCACAACAAGGCAAAACCGGCGAUACACCGCGUUAUGGUUUCCUACCGCCGUUGUCGUCUUCGUCGUCGUUGUCGGAGUUGCCGCCGAGUCGAGAGAACUUUAAAAAAAUCAAAGUGAAGUCAAACAAGAUUGCAAACAGUCAAGUUAUGCUGCGAAAAGGUGCAGAAAAUCUGUACAAUUUGCCGCCACAAUUAAUAUAG